AUGCAUCACCAACCGCCCAAACAAGAAUCCCCCUGGCCUCCUCUACCCCCAUCCCCCAAGAACCCCUACUACCACCCCACCAAACCCACCCUCCACCUCCUCAUCCCCAACCAAGCCUACAUCAUCCCGGAGUUCUUCCCGGCCCCGCUGUGCAAAACAUACACCACCUUCCUCGCCUCCCUGCCGCUGGUGACCACGCCGAACAAACCCAAGAAAGGGGACGCGGUGCGCGUCAAUGACCGCUUCCAGGUCCAGGAUGACGGGUUCGCCGCGCAGUUGUGGGAGUAUACCUGCCUCCAGCGGUGUGUGACGGGGAAGACGAAUCCGGUCGAGGAGAGGUUGUAUUCGUAUGACGAUGAAGACGAAGAGGGGGAGGGGACCGGUCAGAUCGAUCGGGAGGAGGAUGAUCUCAGCAAGAAUGGGAUGUGGGGUGGGGAGCCGUUGGGGUUGAAUGGGAAUAUUCGGAUUUAUCGGUAUACUAAGGGCCAGUUCUUUGAUAAGCAUUACGAUGAUUCCAACACCCUUACUUUCAACACGCCAGGGCAACCGGCCAGGCCGGCUCGCACGACAUGGACCCUGCUCAUCUACUUGACGGCUUGUGAGGGCGGAGAGACUAUCUUCUACCCAGAGCCCACGCGGAAGGACCGCAACCCCCAGCCGGUCUCGGUCAAGCCCGUGCCGGGUAUGGCGCUGCUGCAUCGGCAUGGCGAGCAUUGUAUGCUGCAUGAGGGGGCCGAGGUCCGGAGCGGGGAGAAGUGGGUGUUGCGGAGUGACCUGGUUGUUGCACGGUGA